AUGAAAUUUUUAUAUUUCGAUUCAAAUGUAACUCCUGAGAUGUAAGAGAAAUUAAAAAAAUUAUUAUUUGACAACUCAGAUAAAUUAACUCACUAAAACCCAGCUCUCUUUUUAUAAUAACUACUUAAUAAUAAUUUUGAAAAACUUUGGUAAAAUAUUUUUUAAUAUUAUUUUUAGGUUUGUUUAUGUGGUUGCUAGUCCCAUGGAAUUGAAAUACUAAAUCAGAUCAAACACUUCAAUAUGUAAUUCUUAAUUUCAUAUUUGUAGUAAUUGACAUCGAAAUUGAGAAAACUCGAUAUAUUUUGGCACAGUUCGAGGAAGUCAGCUAAGGAACGUUCUCUAAAGAUAAGUUCAUUAAAACAUGUCAACAAAUUGAAAAGAAUAUUGCAUAACAAUACAACGACCUUAAUACAGCUCUACAUGAAUCUUAGAAAUUUUUGGAAAGUCAUUUUGGAUCUAGUAGUCAUAUGAUCCUGGUCAGAUGUAAUGACUAGGAAACACAACUACAAUUCAUUGGGCCCAAUCAGAAUCAAUAUAUCUUCAAAAUACCUCUAAAUGCCUAUGAAUCAAUUCAAGGAGGAAUAUUUUAUAUUCCUUUGGGAGCCGAAGAAGACGAUGGGAUGCAAGGAUUCCCACAUAGAAAUAUAUCAGGAGAAGAGGAAUUCGACAAUAAUCAGAUUCGAGAUGAAAAUUACAUUCAAGAUGAAUAUGAAGAACCCAUGGAUUUGUAAUUUUAGGUUAUGGAGGAUGCCAAAGAGUUCAAAUAAUCAACUGAUCAAGUCAAAGUCAGCUUUGAUGAACUGGAAAUAUAACCAUUGAAAGUGCAUUCAUUUUCUAUUCUAUUUUAAAUUAUCAUUUCACCCUUUCCCAAAGAAAUAAGUAUGUAUUUUCAAUAUCAAUUAGAGGACGAUCUAAAUGUAUUGUCAACUGGGAGCUCCUUGAUGUCCAAAAACAUGACAUUCGGUAUCAAUAGAGAUCAGCUUUUCUUUUUUAAUUUUCAACUAAUGUCAGGGAAAAUGGAAACUCUCUAUUCUCAAAUGAAAAUCAAAAGGAAUCAACCAUAUCAAAUUGGACUAGUUUAUUCUGAAACAGAAACAUACAAGUAAACUUAUUUGCACUAUCAAUUCAAUUAGAGAAGUGUCUAUGUACAUCAACGGAGCCAUUGAAAAUCAAAUUAAUUUGUCAUAAUAAUUAGAACCUCCCCGAGGAUUCUUUUGGAUUGGAUCUGAAUAAGCUCUCAAAUUAUUCAAAGGAACUCUAUAGGAUAUCUUGUUUAUUGCAUAAUCCUUACAUUAAAAACACAUCAAAUCAAUUUAUGCUGAGCUUUAGAGUGCAUUAUCCCAUAAAUUCCAAAGAAAAACAAAAGAAAUUGUUGAAGAAAUAUUGUAACAAUUCAAAGAAGAAAUCCCAAUCGAUUAAGAUGAAUCCAAAUUUAAUCAAACUCAAACUUAAAGUUUGUUAAAAUAACAGUCCAAGACCCUAUCAAAGGCAAGUAAUAAAAAGUUACAGAUACCUCCUCAUCUCUAAAAGAGCUAUCAUGUAUUCGAAGAAAUUGAUAAGAAGAAAACUCAAUAACAAGAGCAACCCCAUCAAAAAACAAUUCAAGAAUUUGCAAGUAUAUUUUAAUGCUAAUUUUUAAGAUAGAUUAAGAGAUGAGUUUUCAUAGAACGAGAUAAUAUAUCAUAAAUGUCAUGAAUUGAGUUUGAAUUUCUAUUGGGUGUUUACUACUGUACAAUAAUUGGCACCACCCUUGGAAGAGAAUGCAAGUCCCAAACUUCCAUUCGAAUAUAUUCAUUAGGAACUAUUCAAAGAGAGGUAAUUAUUUGUAGAUUAUUUCCUUUAGAUUUGAAACCUACCCUUACUAUGCCAUUGAAUUUGAUAGGUUUUGCAAAGUUGUGUAGCAUAGUGGAAUUUAGUUAUCGCACGAUGAUAUUUAUCAAUUGGCUGUAAUCACUGACUCUCUUAGGGAAAAUAAAAAGUUCGGCCAUUAUUUAAUAUACGAUCGAUUGCUAUUAUCUAUUAGGUAGGCUGCUUUGACAUAAGAGGAAAUUGAAGAAGUAAAGGCUCUAUAUAAUACUGAUGAGAAGGAAGCAGAUUAAGACUUGAUUAUUGACACAGGAGGAAUAUCAAGAUAAAAGCAAGCGAUGCAUCAUAACUUCAGUUUCUUUGAAUAAUUGACAUUGUUGGUAGGAUCUGAGAAUGAAGCAUUUAAGUACAAUAUCAAUUACCUUUUGGCUUAUUUCGUAAACAAUGACGAAUAUGUGUAAAAAUUAACAGCAGUCUAUGUUCACAAAGAAACAGGACAGGAAGUAGAAAUCGAAGGAGUUGAUCUAUUUUCUUAUGAUCAAGAUAAGAUUUACCAAUAGAAACUUAAUAUCUCUGAAGAAACUUAACCUAAGUACUUCAGAGUUCAUUACAAUGGUGAAAAUAUGGCUAUGAUAUCAUUCAAAACACAUGAAGCUGAAGAGACAUUUAGAAUCGAUAAAACUUUUUCAUACAGAGAAGGAUAGGAUGCAACUGGUUAAUUGGAAACCUAUGCUUUUGAGUAAUUAAGGUUGGCUGGAUUCAGAGGGAGAAUAGUCAAGAAGGAUUAGUAUUCUCAAAUAAUCAUGUUAGCUGCAGAAUAUCUUAAAAAGAAUCCAGAAGUAGAAAAACAAAAAAGAAAUCAACCAGAAACAUUGCCACAAUUACCAGAAAACUGGAAUCAAGGGAAAUUCCAAAUCAUCAUUAAUAGAUGUUCUGAUUGUGAAAAACACAAGACAACUACUUGGCAUAAUGAGGCCGAUUUCGCUAAUAAAUUUAAUGAAAUUGGACAAAUAUUAAAGGAUUUAUUCCCUAAUAUAGAGGUAAUAGGAAAUUGGGAUAAAACAUAACAAUUAGAACAUUUUGAUGUAUAUAUUAGAGGAGUGGGCUAAACAAAUUAGAUUGAUAAAGAAGGGAGAGUGUUUUUAUUUAGAAAGAAUGAAAAGUUGGCUAAAUUCUUAGAUUGUUUCUUGAAGAGAAUGUUAAAGGUCUAUGAUGAUAUUGUAUUAAUUGCUUAGGCUUAUGGAGAUACGAACUAUCUUGCAAGCAAAUAGGAAUAGUAUUUAAAAACCAGCAAUUAUUCAUAAAGAUCUAAGAUAGCCCAUGAUCAUCCUUGCAAUGUACCUGACAAAUAAGAGAAAUCAGAAAAGGGAGAAGCCUAGUAUGCUGGUUCUGAUUUCAUUUGCAAGAAUUGGGGUUGUGGAUAACCAUUUAAAUUUGAUUCAACUCCAAAUGGAAUUAAAACAUGUAAACAUCACCCUGGAAGAUAUGAAUUUGGAUCUAAACAUGGAUUAUGGCCAGAAUGUUGGACAUGUUGCGGUAAAAAGUGGGAGGCAGAGGGUUGUAAAUUAGAAUAUCAUAAGGGGGUUCCUGAAAAAGACUUUUAUAAUAUUUGUAUCAAUGUAGGUCCCUUGGAUCCAAGAACUGGUUAUCCUGAAGGCACUUGUGGAAUGAGAUUCUAAGAUGGAGAUUCUUCGGAAUGUAAAUAUAACUCAGGAACUCAUCAAGCUGCCAAAUGGCCUGAUCCUGCAGCCAAAGUUUAUUUUGUUCAAAAAUUACACAUUGUAAUUAUUAUCUGUUAAUAUUUAGAAUCUUGCUUAAAAAGACAAGGAGACUCAGCCAAAUAAAAACAUUCAAGUUAGACCAGAUGUCUACAGAGAGACUAAACCUUAUAAUGAAUUUAUUAAUAAGGAUAGAUAGAGAUUGAUGAAAUUGAUUGAGACUGAGAAGGAAUUAAGAAAUUGUACAAAUUGGGCAUGUGGAAAACAAUAUCGAGAGAUUGAAAAUAGAAAAAAGAAUAUGUGUAGAUCUCAUCCAGGAGUCUUUGAUUUUGGACAUACUGCUACUAAAAUUUAAGAGGCCAUUGAGGAAUAUAAAUAAGAAAAAGGAUCCAAGAUUCUAUGGAAACCUCAGUAAAUAAAAUCUCUAUUUAAAUUAGUUGGACUUGUUGCCGUAAAUCUUGGAAUGAACCAGGAUGUCUAUUAUAAAAACACUCAGGACCUUUACUAGCUGAAUACAAACCAAAUAAGUACUUGUGGCCAGAUCCAAAAGCAUAAAUAUAUUUUAAAAAGAAGGUAUCAGAUAAUUGGAAAAAAAUGCUUGAAUAAAGUCAUAGUCUGACACCUGAAACAGCCAGUUUGAAAUAUGAUCUAUUGUGCAAGACUUUAGGAUCUGGAGGAGUAAAGAUAUGUAAUAUUCUCUUAGUAAAUUUCUGUUUAUAAAUUACCUGAAUUGUGUGAUAAAUUCGAACUUAAUCUAUGGGUUUGUAGUGAAGACUUGGCAUUUUAAUUUAAAUUUACAGAUAUUAUGGAAGGUAGGGCUUAGGAAUAUUUGGCUGACACAAGUGGAAAUAUUGAUAAACAUAAAUUCCUAGAUUGGUGGUUUGCUGAUGUCAAUAGAAUGUUAGAAAUUUCAUCUAAAUGA